UGACCUUAAAUUAGUGCCUAUUUAACUUCUAGCAGCCAUUUGAGUGUGUCUGCGCAAACCAGAAUUCAUUCCUGGGCUAGCGGUAAUUUCUGAAGCACAAGAAACCAUUGGUGAUGUGGAGACCGCAAGCUUUGUGUUUCACUUCAUGGAUCACAGGCACUGGAAUUCUGUGUUUAACAUUCUUCCAGUUAGCAGACUCUGAACCUGCCUGUGAGCUCGGCGAGAGUGUUAGGUGUGUCGAGCAGAGUGAUGAAAACCUGAGCAUCUGGUAUGUGUGGUUCCUGCUGCUGUUUUUCCUGGCCUUGCUCCUGUCCUGUGGGAUCCUCUUCUGCCUACAGUGUUGGCUGAAGCAGCAGAGUUGCCUUCCCCAGCGGCAUGCCCUGGCCGUGUUUGCACUCAGCAGCUCUGAUGCCUUUUGUGUGACUGAAACAUCUCAGUGUCCAUUUUCUGGAUCUCCGAGCCCCUGUGCGAAUGCAGAGAUGUCUUCUUCUCCUGCCCCAUGUUUCAGCCUUGGGGAAGCUGAGUUGCCUCCAUCCUAUGAGGAUAUUAUGAAGGGAAACAAGCUCUAGGCACCACAUGCUGGCUGACUAGGAUUCCACUUGCUUUGCUGGAGAUCUUCCAUUAUGCUACAGUAGCGUGAGAGCAAAAUCAGCCCUUUCCUCAAGCUGGCCAAGAGAAUGCAUGUAUUUCAUUCUAAAUUAAAAGUCGACACAAAAUGUAACAGAAUAAAUGCUAAAUGCGUGUGUUGAAUCUGUGA